AUGUAUAGUUUGAAAGACCAGGCUGUGGUUGUGACUGGCGGAGCCAUGGGUAUUGGAGCGGCUAUAGUUAAGGAAUUUCUUAAUGGCGGGGCUAAGGUUGCCAUCUUGGACUUGAACGAAACAGCAGGGCGUAAACUAGCCGAAGAGCUGUCUACGAGUCACAAGGAUCGCGUUCAAUUCCUGAAAUGUGACGUCAUCGAUGAGAAGGAACUUCUCAACGCCUUCCAAAGUGUACAAGAUAGUUUUGGUGGAUUAGAUGUAGUGUUUAAUAAUGCGGGAAUAAGUGAUGAGUCGGAAGCAGGGUAUAAGAAAUUGGUUGCUAUUAAUUAUACCGCUGUCGUAGGGUCGACUAUGCACGCGAUUAAAAUAAUGCGCAAAGACAAAGGUGGGAAAGGGGGGACGGUUAUCAACUUAUCCUCCAUAAUGGGCCUGAAGGCGUUCUGUCCCGGGUUAUUCGUAUAUGGUUCUUUGAAGAAUGCGCUUAUACAUUUCGGCAGAUCCAUUGGUAUGGAACCAUAUUAUUCUCGAACUGGUGUCCGGGUCCUUACAAUGUGUGUAGGAAUCACAUUGACAGGAAUCCUGGAUGUGUCUAAGGGUUUCGACCAGGAAUUUCACGAAGGAAUCGUCAAGGGAUUGAACAAUGCCGUAGCUAGGGGCUCAGUUCAAGGCCCGGAAGAUGUCGCAAAAGGAAUGCUUGAGUACUACCAAAACGGAGCCAGUGGCAGCACGUGGCUCGUGAAUUGCGGUGUGACGUCGGACAUAACAUCGAAUAUCGCUAAAGCCUUUGAGGUGGUCAGCCCUAUACCUCUAGUGAGUAUAGUGUCGAGUUCUAUAUCAUCCUUGUCCGAGCCAUCACAGAACUUUGAUAAAAUCCGUCGCCGGUAA